AUGAUUAUGGGAUGGACAAGAAUUGACUGCGUGGAGACAAGUUACAAAAUUAAUCAAUACAUUGAAGAGAGCAAAAUGUUGCGCGAGGGACGAGCUAUAGGAAGCCUCAAACGGCAAAUCAGUAGCAGGGCAAUGCGAGAGUUCAACGAAUUCUUUCUUCCGCCGAACAUCUACACUCAAGACGCCGAACAGUACAGCAGUCAGGCACUGAGGCAGCGGCAGAUGCAGCAAAUGGAGGAAAAUGGCGGAAGACCUCGUCGUGUGUCAUAA